AUGUUGGGCCAGCUGCUCAAGGCAAUCUUCAAUCUCUUCUGUGGCUCUCCGUCACCAUCCCCAGAACAGACGCCUCAGCCUGGCCCUCCAACCCAGCAGCACCCUUCCGGCCAACAACACCCUGCACCAGUCCCCCCAUUAUACCCUCAGGGGCAGCAAAAACCAAGUCGUCCUCCAAAGAAAUAUCAGACUAAUCAAAGUAAUGAAUACUAUGUAUCCCUUCGUGCUAGAGCAAAUGAGCAUGGUGAUCAAAUGGCAAAGUGCUUCCAAGAGGGCCACGAAGCAUACGCUCGCGGAGAUGGUGCGCUAGCCAAGGAACUCUCUAACAAAGGAAAGGAACAUCAGCGUAAAAUGGAACAACUCAACAAAGAGGCCAGUGAAUUUAUCUUCGUUGAAAACAACAAGGAUAGCGGUCCUGGCGAAGUUGAUCUUCACGGACUAUAUGUCAAAGAGGCUAUAGCCUGUGCAGAUGAAGCCAUCAAAGGUGCAAGGGCUCGAGGAGACUCGCAAAUCAACCUCAUCGUAGGGAAAGGACUUCAUUCGACAGGAGGUGUUGCGAAGAUCAAGCCAGCGAUCGAAGAGCUAAUGCGCAAGUAUCAACUCAAGGCUGAACUAGAUCCAAAUAAUGCAGGAGUUUUAAUUGUGUUCCUCCAUCCAUCUCCCUCCCAGCGAGGCAUUGGUGCUGACGAAAUAACUCGACGACUGGAGAGAAAUGACGAGAGCUGUACCAUCAUGUAA